AUGUACGGUCGGCCGAUUCGUACAUGCCUGGAUUUACUACGAAUUCCACAACCAAAGCCGAAAGUCGAGAUGGAAGAAUCCAACAAACAACCAAGGUCGUUCGAGCGCAAACAACUAGUCUACGCCAAGGUUUACGCAAACAACAAGUGGACUUGGGAACCAGGAGAGGUGCUAGAGAAAGUCGGGCACGUGAUGUACAACGUUUGGGUGAACGACCGGAAGCUGAUUCGGUCUCACAUCAACCAACUUCGUCAACGUUUUCCGGCUCACGAAAAAUCUGGUCCAUCACCAACAAAAGACACCCAUCUGCCUCUAAGCAUCUUGUUGGAUGAAUGGGACCUCCCGUUCCAGACUGAAACGACACCGAAUCCCGAGCCAGAGGUUGAACCAAUGCUGCAAUCUCCUGCUCAACGUUCAUCUGUCCAUGUCCCGUCUUCGUUGUCCAGUGACCAGUCGUCAGCGUCUUCAUCUUCUUCGUCUACGUCAACAUCUGCAGACUUCGAGUCUGCCAACGACUCUACUCCAGCUCUUAGGCGUUCUACCCGUACUCGUAGACCGCCUCAAAGUUUCCUGCCGUACCGUCGGUAUUAG